AUGGCGACCCUCUUCCAGUCAUUCCGGAGCUCCUCCAUGCCAAAGAGGCUGCUCCGGUAUGCCUUGUCGCGACUAGAACUCCUCGAUGCCGAAGCCCUUGAUAUGGACAACCUCGAUUUGGCUAUAGGAAGGAAUACUGUUCUUGAGUUUCGUGAUGUUGGAAUUAAGCUGAAUAAACUCAACAAGCUGCUGCAGCUGCCCGAUACGUUCAAGUUGCGAAAAGCAAAGGUCUUGCUUCUACGAGUCACCAUCCCGAUGGACUUUUAUACAAGUCCUAUAAUAGUCGAGGUCGAUGGCGUUGAUAUUGCACUGGAAGUUGUAGGCACAGAAUCCAAGCCGAAUCGCUCAUCCGGGACAAGGACACCAGAGGAGACUGUCGCCGUCCCUAACACCGUCGAUCUAGCCCAGUCAUUCCUCGAGACACAACCAAAAUCCGAGCGCCGGAAACUUGAGGAUGCCCUCGCGGCCGAAACCCAGGACCUAGGUGCCUCAGUCUCUAUGAGCGAUGAUGGCAGCGAAGAGGAUCUGGCCUAUGGGACGGGCCAGUCCCUUUCCCUUCCCGCCUUUCUGGCCGAUUUCCUACAGGGCAUUGUCGACCGCAUGCAGGUCAGGAUAAAGGGUGUCAAUUUCCAGCUUGACGUCGAGGUUCCCAUUGAGCCAAAUGCGACUACGACUGAGGUGGUAUCAUUUCAAGUUGCGCUUGAAGGUAUCGACGUCGAAGGCGUGACUACUCGUUCAUAUGAUGCUAACGGAUCACCCACCAUCGUACCCAAGGAGGGCAAGCGACAUGUCUCGCUAUCAAACGUACGGGCAUAUCUCAUUUCCGAAGCAAAUGUCUUCUCUGCUUUAGUGAGAUCUCCUUCAGUGGCAUCGCCAUCUCUUGCUUCUUCUCCGGCCAUGACCCGAAAUCCGCCAUCGCGCCAGACCACUUCACUCUCCCAGGCUAGUCUUGAUGAGGAAUCAGUAGCAUCGUCGCAAGCGAGCAUUCGAUCCCAUAACCAGGACUCUCCAUCACUCUACUCACAGCAGCAUGAGGAACUCGCUGAUUCUUCACAACACAGUAUUGAUCAGCGGCUUUUGAACUCCUCGCUUUCGAGCCUCCAGGACGACGACCCUUUGGCCGACUCACAACAAAGCUUCCAGGAAGAUUAUUUCAUGGACCACGAAUCCCCAGAACACGAAUACCCUCUUGGUGACAGUGAGGAUGCCCUUGGCAUCCCGUAUGAGUUCUCGAGCCCACAAGACGACGACGCAGAAGACAGCCCAGCAACUCCUCGGGCCUCGAUGUAUCAUGACUUCAAUAAUGGAUCUAUUGAGGACUCUUUGUUUCACUCGACAUUGCUUCCCGGAGAACACGUCUCUCAUUCUACCGCCUUAGAAAAUGAACGCCCUGUGUGGACCAACGCAGAACGAGAAGCCAGAUCAGCUCCUAAUCUCGAAAACCCAGCAACACGGCUCAGUCUAGAAACUUCUAGUGCGAGUAUUCCGAAUGAACAACUCAGUCGAACGUCAUCAAGCGAGAGCUUUGGCGCCAGGUCGACCGAGGAUCUCGCACAAUCACAUAUGUAUACUCAUCAGGAAGCAGAAAGUAUGUACAUGAGUGCCUUUUCACAGACUAAUGCUCAACCCGCGGCAUUUUCGCCACCAUCACCUGCUCAUGACAGUUUGCCCUCGCCACAUUUGCCAGACGAAAUAGUCAAAGAGGAGGAGGAGGACUUACCAGAGCCAAGCAAUCCAGACACAGAUGCAAAAUCCGAUGUUGAAGACCUGACCAAGUCUUACACGUCCGACGACAAGCCUCCAAGCCCCCUUGUAGAAGAUGUUCCGGAUAUUGUGGAAGAAGAACAGAGGCCCAAGGACUUUAUACCAGGCGCAUGGAACGACGAUUAUGAUGAAUCUCCUCCUGAAACAAAUCUCGCUCCAUCAACCACACUAAGACGCUCGGCCUACCGCAAUAGAAAUUCGGAUGUAUCUGCCAAUGCAUCUGAUAGCGGAUCUUCUGAGCCUGCUUUCUCAAGAGCGUGCCUCACCGAUGUUGAGCCAGGAAGUUCAAAUAUCCCACCCAAACAGCAAGACGACGUCACCACUCCCAAGGGCCCGACACGCCUGGUCAAGGAGAUUCUGAAUCUUAAGACCAUCUCCAUAUAUAUACCAUCGCAGCAUCAGCACCUGAAUGUUCAGCCUGCGUCAGCAGAGUCCGUGGCGCAACUGUCACAGUCUUUAAGGCGAUCAGCUUAUCCUCAAGCUCCGGGUGCCUUUUCGAUGCACGGCGCUGCAUCUACACACCAUUACUCGCCAGGGGCUACGAACGUUGACGACACUCUUGAAGUGAACUUGUCGCCCAUAAACCUCCGCUUCGAUGCUUCUCUUGGAUUUUUGCUUGCUAUGGUCGUUGGCAAGCUCUUAGACGCCAUCAAAGACAAGCAGGCACCACCAGCUCAGGAGAACAGGAAGGAAUCAAACGCAAAGAAGACACCCGAUGUCAAAAUAACGCUCGAUGAGAUCAAACUCGAUUUCGUGAAUCGUUUGGGCGGGGUUUCAGAUACCCCUGAACGGUAUAUGGAUCCAUCCGCGUUCAUCUUCGAUCAGGAGGUGUUACUCAACACAACCUUACAAAACUUGACCAUCUCCAUCUCUCAAACUGAGAUUGCAACUCCGCCCGUCACAAAGGGUAAGUUGACAGCGCAACCAGCCGUGCUGACCAAGAUAGACUUGCAAAAGUUCCGCUUUGGGUAUGCAAAUGGCGACAUCAUAUCCUUUGACAGCGGCAGGCCGAUGAGCACAUCUGUCAGAGAGACAUUCUUGUCGGCAGGCUCUGAUGUUAGCAUCAAGAUUCUUCAAUCAGGUGGCAAUACCAAAACAGAGGUACAAACACUGCCUCUUGUUUUCCAGCUUGAUCUACGACGACUCGACGAGACCUUCAGUUGGUUUGGUGGUCUAAGCAGCUUCCUUAAUAUGAGUGCUUCCAUCGCAUCAAGUCCUGCGCCAACCCCCAAGAUAGCUGCUCCUGCGCAGAAGCCUCGGGGGGUCCGGUUCGAUACUCCAGUUGACCCGAACGACAAAUCUGCGGCAGCUGACAAUAAGAUUAAUCUGCGUAUUGGAGGAGCCUGGGUGGAACUUGUGGGUAAAGAUUGCAGCAUGACCGCUGAGACGAGUGCCAUCAAGAUUGUAAGCCGAGAUGAGGUUAUAGGCAUGGCAUGCAGUAUGAUGAGAGUGUCAGGACCAUAUCUAAAAAACUCGACGGCCGAUCCCCCUAUCAGCGCCGAAGUCGGCGGCGUCCGAAUCGAGUUCCUAACAGCGCCCAAGGAUUCGGACCUUGAGAGACUGCUGGAGCUCAUUAUUCCUUCAAAGCACCAGUUUGACAACGAUAACGAUGAGAUCAUGGUGGACACGUUGCUACGCCAAAGAAGAAAGGGCUCGGUUUUGAGGCUCACUGUUGACACGGUUAACGUCCGUGUCCAGAACAUGUCGCAACUCUCCGUCUUGCCGAAUCUGGGUGAAGAACUCGCAAAGCUUUCCACUGUUGCCAAGUAUUUACCUGAGGACGACCGCCCUGGUUUGCUAACCUUAAGUAAAAUCAACAAGGCUGCUCUGAGCCUAGACUUUGGUGACAAGCUGGGUCACCUGGGUGCAGAUAUCAAGGAUCUUCAUGUCGGCCAUAUUUCCGUUCCCUCACUCGUUGCCUUGGCUGUGCAUGAUAUUUCAGUCAAGAGGAACCAUUCGGAAGAACUCGUCCACUCAGCAUCGUAUGGUCUCAAGGAAAUUUCACUCCGCAAUCCAGUAUUGAUGGUGCGAAUGAUCGGUGAUGAGAUCGAGCCAGUGGUCAAAUUGAAGAUGCAAGACUUGUGCAUUGAAUAUCGCGUCCCUACCAUAAUGGAUCUCCUCGAACUAGGAGAAGAUGCAACCCCACAAGACUUUGAAGCCAGUCUUGCUGCUUCGGUAGCAAACCUGGGUGAUCAAGCGCACCACGCUUUGGCCCGCCAGCCUGGCUCUCCCGGAGAGAAAACCAAGGGUGGAAAGCCGAUGACUUUGGAUAUUGGGUUCCGGGAUUGUCUCUUUGGGCUCAACCCAUUGGGGCAACCUUCCAAGAUGGUGAUUGCUCUUACAGACGCUCAUCUUGUCGCCAUUUUGCCCAAGGACGUGGAAACCAAUGCAGUUUUCACCAUCAACAAGUCGUCCAUCCUACUUAUUAACGAUGUCAACGAGAUCACAAAGGACGAACUACCGACUGCUCAACGACCCAGAGCUUCUUCUUCAACAUCUCGCCAGGUAGCGGACAUGUGUGCGAGAGGAUACGUUGACAUCUGCUACAUUUCGUCUGCAAAGGUCGUCAUUGAUGUCAAGGAACUUGAUGAUGGUGAGAAGCAACUCAAUGUCGAGCUUAAGGAUGAUCUUCUUGUUCUCGAAACAUGUGCGGAUUCCACACAGACUCUUAUCUCGUUAGCCAAUGCUCUUAAACCUCCAACUCCGCCAAGCAAAGAGAACAAAUAUCUCACGGACAUUGUUCCUAUGCAAGAUCUCCUUGCUUCGAUAUCUGCUGAAGCUUUUGGUCGACCCGAGGGCGAGUACGAUUUUGAUCAAGACUUUGCCGGAGCUCAAGAAAUGGCAGGAAGUGGUUCGGAGGCAGACUUUAACACAGACAGCCCAUUGCAGGUUGAGUCGCAAUUCUACGACGAGGAGCCAGUUGCUGAGGAGCUAUUUGACGCAACGAGCAGCUCGAUCAUCUCACAUGGGUCGCACCGAUCUGGCGGUCCUCAAAUGAAAGAUACCAAUGAGGGUGUAUUGUUGACUGGUUUCGGGUCAACAAGUCAGCAAACGGUCGAUUCAGAUGACUUGGUCAUUCAGGAGGAUUACUAUGACCGCGGCACUUCAAAGGAUAGCAACGCCAAAGUCUGGAACUCGAAAAAGAACAGCUACGAUCAAGCUCCAAGUAGCUUGGUAAAGCGCAGCCCUGUGAAAAUCUCAGUACGGGAUGUCCAUGUUAUAUGGAAUCUCUUUGAUGGCUACGACUGGGCUCAUACACGGGACGUUAUAACAAAGGCAGUCCAUGAUGUUGAGGCAAAGGCGUAUGAACGACAAUCUCGCGCUGGCCAAGUUCAUGUGUACGAGGAGGAGUUGGAGGAUGAAGAGGCUAUCGGAGACUUCCUCUUUAACUCGAUCUACAUAGGCAUCCCGGCCAAUCGCGAUCCCCAGGAGCUAUCUCGAGCCAUCAAUGAAGGCCUGAACGAUAACGCAACAGAGACUGAAUCUGUUGCUACCACAGCCUAUACGGCAGCCACAAAUAGGACAGCACGCACCCGACAACCCAGGUCAAAGCGACUGAAGCUUAAGCGCAGCAAGCACCAUAAAAUCACCUUCGAGUUGCAGGGUGUGGAUGCGGACGUCUUUGUCUUCCCACCUGAUUCUGGAGAAACACUCAACAGCAUUGAUGUUCGCAUCAACAACCUUGACGUUUUCGACCAUGUCCCAACUUCGACAUGGAAGAAGUUUGCUACAUAUGAUCAAGACAUGGGAGAGAGGGAGAUGGGCACCAGCAUGGUUCACCUCGAAAUGCUUAACGUCAAACCUCAACCAUCACUUGAAGCAUCUGAGAUUGUGCUGCGAGCGACUAUUCUACCCUUGAGACUUCACGUUGACCAGGAUGCUCUUGACUUCAUUACACGGUUCUUCGAGUUCAAGGACGACCAAGUUCCUGUUCACACCUCUAAGAGUGACGUGCCUUUCUUGCAAAGGGCUGAGGUUAAUAACGUGGCAGUUAAGCUCGACUUUAAACCAAAGCGAGUGGACUAUGCUGGUCUCCGAUCUGGACAUACCACCGAGUUCAUGAACUUCAUUGUCCUCGAAGAGGCCAGAAUGGUUCUCCGCCAUGUGAUUAUCUACGGCAUUUCUGGUUUCGAAAAGCUCGGCAAUACCCUCAAUGAUAUCUGGACGCCUGAUGUCAAAGCAAACCAACUUCCUGGCAUUUUGGCUGGACUUGCACCAGUUCGUUCCAUUGUCAACGUGGGCAGUGGCUUCAGGGAUCUUGUGGAGGUGCCCAUUCGCGAAUACAAGAAAGAUGGCCGUAUCAUUCGCAGCAUAUCCAAGGGUGCCACUGCCUUUGCUCGUACCACAGGUACCGAGUUGGUAAAGUUUGGUGCCAAACUUGCCAACGGUACACAAUAUGCUUUGCAAAGUGCUGAGGGCAUGCUUUCGGAUCCUCAACAGGUAUACGAAGGCUGGGAUGAGGAUGAUGUGGACCCCGAGGAGCAGAGGCAAAUCUCCCUCUACGCAGAUCAACCUACAGGCGUGAUUUCGGGUAUCCGGGGCGGAUACCGAUCUCUUGCCAGAGAUGUGAAUCUUGUGCGUGACGCCAUCAUCGCUGUUCCAGGUGAGGUAAUGGAGAGCUCUUCAGCUUCUGGUGCUGCGAAGGCUGUCUUAAGACGAGCACCAACUAUCAUCUUCCGGCCAGCUGUUGGCGUCACAAGGGCCAUCGGACAGACUCUGAUGGGAGCAACCAACUCGAUUGAUCCAAACAACCGACGAAGAAUUGAGGAGAAAUACAAACAAUACUAA